AAUUAUCGUCGCAUACGCAUAUAAAAACCCCGUAAGCAAAAAUAUAAUCAUUGUAAAAAUAUGAUGAAGUCUACGUUGGUGGUGUUCUUCGCCAUUUUGGUGGCCAUGGUGGCCUCUCAAUCGGCGCCAUUUUGUCAAGACUGGACCGUUUGUAUGAGGGUAAGAUGUGCCUCACCACCGGACCCUUGUCCCGCAAAUAAGCCCAAUUUACUUUAUGGUGAAUGUGGAUGCUGUCAGUAUUGCAGUAAAGAGCCAAGAAUAGGUCCUUGUGGUAAGUGUAACGUCGAUGUAGUAUGCAAAGAACCAGACCCAAUUUGCAGCGAAGGACAAAUAGUGAGCUUGGACUAUUGCGGCUGCUGUAGAGUGUGCAUGGACGUAUUAGAAGCCGGCCAAAAUUGCACCGGUGGCACCGAACCAUACUUCUCCGUCUGCGCAUCGGAGCUCAGUUGCAUCGACGGAACCUGUCAGAUUCCAGACUCGGACUAAGAAUUCUCCCAAAAGGACCAAAUAAAUUACAAGAGAAAUGUAUAUAAAAUAAAGCCUAUUUAAUAAACCCUAACCUUAAACAUAACGAUUAUUAUAAGAG